AUGUAUGUGGAGAAGACAACGAAUAUAACAUACACAUCAGACGCGAAGUACAUCGAAAGUGGAGUGGCUGGGAAGAUCAAGGCUGCGUACCAGACUCUGCUUCAGCAACAGAUUUGGUCCUUGAGAAGUUUCCCUGAAGGUCAACGAAACUGUUACAACUUCAACAUGACAGCAAAGCGUAAAUAUCUAAUCAGAGGGGUCUUUAUCUAUGGGAACUAUGACGGUCUGAAUCAACUUCCAAACUUCGAGCUCCACAUCGGUCCUAACAACUGGAGUUCUGUUGUUAACUUAGGAGCCACAAAUGGUUCAUUACACGAGUUGAUCCAUGUCUUGACACAAGACCGUCUUCAAGUUUGUCUUGUUAAGACAGGAGAAACGACACCGUUUAUUAACUCUUUGGAAAUUCGUCCUUUGGACAACGAUACAUACGUCAUGCAAAGUGGAUCGCUGAUCAUGGUUGGAAGAUUUUACUUUUCACCCACUCCAACGUUCGUCAGGUAUGAUGAGGACACCGACGACAGGAUAUGGGUUCCAUACUUAGAUAAGAAAAACUCGGUAUUAACCACUGAUGAGUCGGUGGAUACAAGAAACAAAUACAAUGUGCCACAAGCUGUGGCGAAGACCGCUGGUGUACCUGCAAACGUUAGACAGCCUCUGACCAUAGAUUUGAGUCUCGACGAGAAAAAUGCACACUCAUAUAUAUACAUGCAUUUUGCUGAAAUCAAGAAUCUUACAGAUAAUGAGACGAGAUAA